AUGCCCAACCGCUGCAUGCUCUCGGGCCAGAUGAUUGUGGUUGUGGUCCUCGUCUGUGUCUCGCUCGCCUCGGUCAUCACCUACACCCUCACCUCGUCCUCGGCCGUCGGCUACCUGAGUCAGAGCAGCAGCCCGUUCCACAGCCCGUCGCUGCAGCAGAGACAAGGCGGCGGCGAGCUCGGUGGGGCGCUUGUGGCGGCAACAGAGGCGGCAGCAGCAGCAGCAGCAUCAGCGAGACACUGUACCCCGCCGGCCUCCUCAGUGGCAGCGCCUCCGGCCUUUGACGCCCUUUAUCCGCCGGUCAACGUGUCGGCAGUGACGAGCGUGGUGGCCGAUUUGGCCCGAUGGGCGUCGUCACUGGCCAAGCCCGACUGGCGGACUGAUGACGUCCUCAUUGUCCUUCCCGACCCGAGUGAGCCGACCGACUGGUCGAUUGUCGACUCGUUGCCGGUCCCGUCUGGGCGUCCGCCGUUUGCCUCACUCGCCGAGUUUGACGAGUGGAAGAUGAAGGCGUCCGGGAGCGUGACCGAGGACAUGCUCACGCCGCUGCCGACGGUCCGCUCGCAGUGGGGCCGCCAGCUCGGCAAUGAGUACAUGGGCAAUACCAAGAUGGGCAUGGCCUCGUUCGUGGUCGACGGCAUCACCAUCAUCAUCAAGCGCAGCGACCGGCCUCAGCCUGUUCUCCACACCGACAAGAUCGAGCCCAUCAUGCGGCUUGUCAACGAGUGUGGCUUCCACAAGAUUGUUGCCCAGCACUGGGUCGACAAGUGGCAGGGCGUACCGACCAUGUUUGCCGUCGUCUCGCCGGGCGUCACUGUUGAGCUCGGCCGCGGCCGGCCGGCCAAAGUCUACCCGCCACACACUCGCACCAUGUUUGCGAACAUCCCCUCAUGGCAGGUCCGCCUCAUGGCUCUCUAUGACAUGCUCUUCAGCUAUACCGACCGCCACUACGGCAACAUCCUUGUCGACGAACAGUUCAACAUCUAUUCCAUCGACGCGUUCCAGAACACCCUCGGCGACAACCCGCUCGCCGUCAACUCGAUCCUCCUCCCGUUCACCUCCAAGUACGGCAUCCACCGCCUCUCCUUUGAGUUUCUCUUCAAGAACAUGCCCAUGCCGACCUACGACGACCCGACCGUCACCCUCGACUACCGCUGCCACACUCCGGGCGGCCGUAUUGGUGUCGUCUUUCCUCCGCCUCUCCGCUCGUGCAUGGCCGACCUCGCGUCGGCCGAUCCGCCCGACCUCGUCGCUCGCUACGGCUUUCCCAAGCUCGCCGCCGCUGAGACACUUGUUGACAACGCGCGCUCGCUCCUCAUCCACGGAUUUGAGGCUACGGCUUUUGCUGCUGCCAACCGCUCGCUCCACUCGAACCCCAAAGAGGCUUUGCAGCCGUGGCUCUCGCCGUCGCAACCGUGCUGCCUUCUCAUCGGCAACUGGUCGACGGUUGGCCGACGCUGA